CCGGUUUCUGUGGCAGCAUCCUUCAGCUACAUCACAGGUGCUCUGCUCCAGCUGAAUAACAAACAGUCUUUGUUGCUUGAAAAACUCUGAAGAUUCUGCAAACAUGUCGAUGGGUUUGGAGAUUGUGGGCAUUUCCCUUGGAUUCCUUGGGCUCAUUCUUACGAUAGUGACCUGUGCCCUCCCAAUGUGGAAAGUGACAGCCUUCAUCGGCGCCAACAUCAUCACUUCGCAGGUCAUCUGGGAGGGCUUGUGGAUGAACUGUGUCACCCAGAGUACAGGUCAGAUGCAGUGCAAGAUCUAUGACUCCAUGCUAGCCUUGCCUCAGGAACUCCAAGCCUCCAGGGCAUUGACGAUCAUCGCCAUUAUUCUCGGAGUGCUGGGGGUCAUGAUCUCCAUCGUUGGAGCCAAGUGCACCAACUGCAUCGAAGACGAGGCAGGAAAGGCCAAAGUGAUGAUCAUCUCUGGGAUUUUCUUUGUUCUUGCCGGCAUUUUGGUGCUGGUCCCGGUAUCUUGGUCUGCCCACGUAACCAUCCGGGACUUCUAUAACCCCUUGUUGGUCGAAGCUCAGAAAAGAGAGAUUGGGGCUUCGCUCUACAUUGGUUGGGGUUCAGCUGCCCUGUGCCUGAUUGCAGGGGCCUUGCUGUGCAGCCGCUGUCCACCCAAAGACAAGUACAAGGCACCUCGGAUGGGGUACUCCGCUCCACGCAGCGUCAGUGCUGGAGGGUACGACAAAAAAGACUACGUCUGAACUGUCCUGACAUGUCUGGGAAGCUGUUAGUUGUAGUUCUGUGUUGUGUAGAUGCGUUUUUCUGUCUAAAAAUCACAGGGCAAGCCCCUCUAAAGACUCCGACAUGAAGAUUUUGUUCAAAUUUUGAUUUUUUUCCCGUUCUUUUGGUCAAAAUGUUCAUUUAAAUCCUCUUGGUUUGUUAUGAUUGAUUAGAAUAGACGCCUGUUUUCCUGUUACAUAUUAUCUUUGUAGGUAAAAAUAUUAGCUACUCUCUCUGUUGCUGUAAAACAGACAUUCACACCUGCUCCCUGGCUGUGUAGGAGUUUACCGGCGGCGCGGUGUCGUGUUACACUGAAACUUGCUGUUAAAACAUUGUGUGUCAUGUCAAUGACAAAGACAAGGAAGAGCCGGCUCUCGUUUUACAUGGAUUUGUUUGCGUGAUUGUUCCAUGUGCGCGUCUGUGUGUGCUUUUUGCAUGUAAUAUUUGCUUAAGAGGGUUUCAGCUGAGGCUGAAACUAAAGAUGGAUCACUGAUAUUCAUUUUAUCACUGUGUUUUUAGUUUCACUGUGUUAAAAAAGAAAAUGCUUAUUUUCUACUUUUGUGUUUUUUGGUGUUAUUGAGCAUUCACUGUGGGCUUACAUUACAACUUGAUGUGUAUUUUGAAUUUAGUCUUAUUUACACUGGUCAAACAAAUAUUCUUUUUUUCUUGUAUCUUUAUGUUUCCUUGUUUUAUACAAUAUUGACUAAUUUACAAAUGUUGGCUCAGUUCUUGUUGUUGCACCUGUAUAGAGAAAUAAAUUAACAUUUUAUAACCUUA